AUGUGGCGUCUCAUCCCUAGAUCCGUCCCUUUUUAUGUAUGAAAAUCAUUGCUCCGGAUCUCCUCUGACAGCUUACGUCCUCACUUUAUUGUACACAUCUCAGGCCAGCCUCACGCGGAGGAAGAAACUAACCCAAAAGGCACCUUUUCCCAAGGUCCCCUAGUCAACCUCGUACAAAAGGGAAGAGGAAAAAAAAGAAAAAGGAAAAUGGCGGAAACCGAACUUCCUAGUCCGCCAUUUGUGCCAAUUUCUGGUCUACCCAAUUUCCGCGACGUUGGAGGUUACCCAGUGGGUGACUCCAAGGUCGUGCGCCGCGGCUUGGUCUUCCGCUCCUCGGAGCCGUCCAAGGUCACCGACGACGGUGUGUCGAAGCUGCAGGACCUAGGUAUUGCGAAGGUAUUUGACCUGCGCUCGGCGGUGGAGAUCGAGAAAGGCUUGCGCGACGGCUACGGCUGGAAGAUUAAAGAAUGGGACGGUGCGAGCCGCCAUUUCGUUCCCGUCUUCCUAGAUCAGGACUACUCUCCCGAAGCAUUAGCUCUUAGGUACAAGAACUAUGCUUCAGAACAUGCAGAGGGUUUUAUAGCGGCAUACCACGAUAUACUUGUUGCGGGGGCUUCGCCGAGUAACAGUUACGCGCCGUUCAAGACGAUACUAGAGCAUCUAGCCUCACCUACAUCCUCCCCGCCGGCGCCCUGCCUCAUCCAUUGCACAGCCGGUAAAGAUCGCACCGGAGUGAUCUGCGGGCUGAUCUUGAGCUUAUGCGGUGUACCCGAUGAGGUCGUAGCGCAUGAGUACAGCUUGACGGACCUGGGGCUCAAGUCGCGUCACGAGGAGCUCAUUGCGCAUCUGAUGAGCAACCCGACGCUACGGGAACACCCAGUAGCUGCUAGGAGGAUGAUUUCAUCCCAGAAAGAGGCCAUGCUGGGAACAUUGGCUAAGAUCCGCAAUACCUAUGGAUCAGUCGAAAAGUGUGUCGUUGACCUGGGACUACUAUCACCUGACGGGGUUAGGCAGCUACAAAGCAACCUGAUCGUCGACGUGGACGAGAAAGGAGUGCUGCCAUGGCAGGACCAUGCCAAACUAUUGUUGUAAAUCGGUGGGUAUAUGCAAGUCUUGAGUAAUAUGUAUACAGAAAGCUGGAUGCCGAAUUUGGCCUGCUCCUUAUAGAUAGACAUCAUUCAUGGACCCUCAAGACGUCCAACUCGCUCCAUGCGUCUUUCGACUUAGAUAUUCAUACAUU